UAAUUCCUCACUGCCGCUGCCUGUGAAUUAUCGGUGGCUGCCGGAAUAACUGCAAAGUGUCUCUCUUUUGCUAUUCCCUUUUGCUGAAACUGAUUGAAUCAUAGCUAUGUAUGUGACUCUCACUGUAUGUGUGUGUAUAUAUAUGUAUAUAUUUGCUAAAUUCAGCCGAGAAAGAAUGCUUGUUUGAUUGAAUUCUAUGGUACAGGGGUUUCGAACUCUGAGUGCCAGACCGCGGGCACACUGUCCUGGCCAACUGGCCUAACCCGUGUCUGUGCAUUAAUAAUUUGAUAGUAUUAUUCUAUGGCAGUGUUUAGUUUGUUAGUUUCUAUGACUUCCCAUCCACUGAAUUUGUUUAUUUUCAUCAUGGUCCUUUGCUUAAUGCGGUUUAUUUACAUUAUAAACACGUAUUAAGUACGAACACCUAUAAAAUGAUCCAUCAGACGGUGUAUUAGACCAAUCAGAUGGUGUAGUAUACCCUUGAACUUGAAGUGGUGCUACACACCGGGCCAUGACGAUGAUAUUUUCAGGUGUUCGUAUUGAGUUAGUGUUCGUACUGUAGCCAGACCCACUAUUGAAUGUUGAUUUUUACUUAUUUCACUACAACAUUAGGUUUUCUGGGUUUAUAUGAACCUGUAAAUGUAGCUUGGGCUUGAUGUGUUUCAUAUGUUUUAGGGGGAUAAUGGAAACCAGCACUACCCAAAAUGGUAGUUCUGGUAUCAUGUGGUUCUUCCGGGAUAAAGGUUUUGAUGAUAAGAGCAUUCAGGAUAUGCUCAAAAAGUGCGAUCUCCAGAAUGCGCAAGCAGAAAGAUCCUCCGAGAAUUGGGCUUAUUUGAAGAGUAUUGGCAUUCAGGAGAGAAAGCUGCCCUUUGUUGUUUCAAAGUGCCCCAAGAUACUUACUUUGGCUCUCCAUGAGAAGCUUAUUCCUACGGUUGAGUGCCUUACCACGCUUGGUGCCAAACCGCAUGAAGUUGCGUCUUCCAUUGCCAAAUUCCCACACAUUCUGUCCCACAGUGUGGAAGAGAAGCUUUGUCCGCUUUUGGGCUUCUUUGAGGCACUGGGAAUUCCCCAAAAGCAACUUGGAAAAAUGAUUUUGCUCAAUCCGAGGCUCAUCAGCUACAGCAUUGAAGCAAAGCUGUCUGAAAUUGUAAAAUUUCUUGCUAAUCUUGGCCUUUCCAGAGAAGGGAUGAUUGGAAAAGUACUGGUAAAGAAUCCGUUUAUCAUGGGUUAUAGCAUUGACAAAAGAUUGCGCCCUACAGCAGAGUUUUUGAAAUCAGUAGGCCUCACAGAGCAGGGUCUUCAGACAGUGGUAAUGAACUUUCCAGAAGUGUUAUGUAGAGACGUGGACAAGAUUCUGAGACCCAAUUUCGAAUAUUUAAAGAGAAGUGGAUUUGAAGAUGGCCAGAUAACGGCUUUGGUGUCUGGUUAUCCACGCAUUCUGAUCAAAAGCAUCCACAACUCUUUAGAGCCGAGAAUCAGGUACUUGGUAGAGGUAAUGGGGAGACGAAUUAAUGAAGUCGCUGAUUAUCCUGACUUCUUCCGCCAUGGUUUGAAGAAAAGAGUGGAGCGGCGACACAAGCUUUUGAAACAGACUACAACUGAUUGUAGCUUGAGUGAAAUGCUGAACUGUAAUCAAAACAAGUUCGUAACGAAGUUUGGUUUGGUUUGAAGAAUAGGCUCAAGGUACUAGAGUUUGAUUUUUCUAUCCUUUGAUUUUCGUUUUCUUGUGUUGUAGCUUAGUUUGGCAUUGCAUUUUCAAUAUAUUAGGUGAAUUGAACUUAAAUAUGGUUCAAUAUAUAGUCUUUCUUCUAUCAAGUGCCAUCUGUUAGAACUUCAUAUGUUUUUUCAUUUCUUCGUUUAGGAACCGAAAGCUACAACAUUAGGCCAUAGUUUUAUUUCUGCACGAUUGAUGAAACCGGUCCUCGGUUAACA